AUGGAACUUCCCUUCGUGGUGAGCCCGGAGGAAGAACCUUUGGAGACUUUUCGCAAUGCAUUGCAAUAUGCAUACCCGGGUGUCCUUCUCUUCGCUUUCAUCGUAGUUGGCGCCACCGACAGCGUUAUCACCGCCCUCCGCAGAGACGACGUAGUGGUUCCUUCUGUAACAGGACCCGGCGGGAAGCCCUUGCCAGUGACGAAGCGCAGAAGGGAAUUUGAAGACGAAGACGAAGAACGAUAUAGCCCAGCAUGCAAGGCCUUCUUUCGAUGUUGCAUGAUGCUGGCAACCUUCACCUUCUUCUGCGCCGGCGCCAACGUUGCUGUACGAGCUCUGUACAACCGCACAGCGUCCGGAGGGCAUGGGUGGUGGUGCGGAGAGCCAAAGACAGUUUUCAUCGUGGGGUCUGCAUUUCUAUACCUCUAUGUCACCGUCACGCUUUUCGACUGGAUCUCAGCCCCGUGUCUCGUACACAUUGUUCUCUGGUGCAUCGCGUUUCUCGGCGAUCUCAUGAUUGUAGUUUCCGAUGUUGUCAUCCUCACCAGGCCGCACAAUGUCUUAGUAAACCUUGAGGAUAACAUGUAUAUGGUUGUAGGAGGAACUAACAUAUGGGACAAUGUUGAUCUGAGUCUCUCUGGUCUCCGUCUCGCUCUUCUCGCCGGUAUGAUUACCGUCUACUAUGCUAUUGCGUGGUUGCGAACGCAAGUCAAUCGUGCCGGGCUGGAAGACUCUUAUCCCUCUGACGCGGAUGAGACAACGCCUCUUGUGAAUGGCAAUCACAACGGCUACCUUUCAAACGGGCAUUCCAGAAAUGGAGCGGCCCACAGUACUAAUGGUACCAUCGAGGGCUCCUCUGCACCUACCGUUGACGAAGAAGCAACCUUUUACCGCCCAGAAAAGUUACCACACACAACCUGGGUCGAAUAUCUCAGGGGAUACUCAGUCUUCUUUCCAUACAUGUGGCCUGCCAAGAAGCUUCGACUUCAGGUCAUUGUUGUUGUCUGCUUUAUCCUCCUAAUCCUCCAGCGGGUUUUCUUCGUCAUGGUUCCGGCGCAGUUGAAAGAAGUCACAGAUGAGCUAUCUGGGGAUAGACAUCCUGGAGAACAGCUGAAGAUGCCUUGGGUCUCGGUUGGACUCCUGAUCCUGUAUAAGUUGCUGCAGGGGCCUUCCGGACUGCUCGGCUCUAUCAGAUCGCUUAUCUGGAUACCUGUCUCACAGCAUGCUUAUCGUGCACUGACUACGUCGGCGUUUGAGCACGUUCAUUCACUCAGUUUGGACUUUCAUCUGGGAAAAAGGACCGGCGAGGUACUCUCUGCCCUCAACAAAGGGUCAUCGGUAAACUCGUUCCUUGAGCAAGUGACGUUCCAGGUGUUCCCAAUGCUCAUCGACUUGUUCUUGGCAGUCGGCUAUUUCUUCUGGAAGUUCGACGCGACAUAUGCAGUCCUCGUCUGCAUCAUCACUUUCUAUUAUCUUUUCCUGACAAUCCGCAUGGCACAAAGCACAGCUGAUCAGAGGAGACUAAUGUCGAAUGCUGAUCGCGAGGAAGAGGCUGUCAAGAACGAUUCGAUUAUCUCAUAUGAGACAGUCAAGUACUUCAACGCAGAAGAUUUCGAAUUCAAACGUUACAGACAAGCAAUCAAGAACUACCAGGCUGCUGAAGCAAAGGUUACCUGGAGCAUCUCGACCAUGAGCAUUUGCCAGUCUCUGGUGUUCAUGACUGGUAUGCUCGUCGCCAUGAUGUUAGGUGCUUACCAAGUUAGCACAGGCACGCGAACUGUGGGUGACUUUGUGGCCCUCAUGACGUACCUAAACCAGCUUCAAGGGCCUUUGAACUUCUUCGGCACGUUCUAUAGGACGGUUCAACAAUCAAUGAUUUCAGGUGAGCGCCUCUUGGAGCUGUUCAAGCAACGACCGACAGUUGUGGAUCGACCUGGCGCCAAAGCAGUGACAAAGUGUGACGGUGCCAUUGAGUUCUCAAAAGUGCAGUUCUCGUAUGACCCUCGUCGUCCGGCAUUACGCGACCUGAGCUUCGAAUGCCAGCCAGGCACCACAACCGCUCUUGUUGGAGAAUCCGGUGGUGGCAAGUCAACACUCUUCAGACUGCUGUACCGCUACUUUAAUAGCACGGGCGGCGUCAUCAAAAUUGAUGGUCAAGACAUCAAGGACGUGACUAUCGACUCGGUCCGACGCCAUAUAGGAGUUGUCCCGCAAGAUACCAUCUUGUUCAACGACACGCUGAUGUACAAUCUGCGUUACGCCAAUCAAGAUGCCACGGAGGAAGACAUCAUUGCAGCGUGUGAAGCUGCUAGUAUCCACGAGCGAAUCAUGUCAUUUCCCGAUGGAUACUAUACCAAAGUCGGCGAGCGCGGCCUGCGACUAAGUGGCGGUGAGAAACAGCGUGUCGCAAUUGCACGAACGUUACUCAAAAAUCCCAAAAUCAUCAUGUUGGACGAGGCGACAUCGGCCCUCGACACCCAGACAGAGCAAGAGAUCCAGUCUCGGCUUGCGAAGAUUGGGAAGGGCCGUACGUUGCUCAUCAUUGCCCAUCGCCUUUCCACUAUCACACACGCCGACCAAAUAUUGGUUCUUAAGAACGGCCGCAUCAUGGAACAGGGCAACCACGAAUCACUUCUCGAGAGAGAGGGCGGAAUCUAUGCCAAGAUGUGGAGCAAACAAGCCAAAGCCCAGAGAGCCGCACAGGACCUCUUUGCGGCCCAGCACAGAGCUGAAAAAUACAUGCGCAAGGCUUCACUUAACGGCAGCGGUCCUGACGACGACUCGAGCAGCUCCUCCGACGAGUCCACACGCAAUGGCCAACACCGGCAGCAGGACGAAUAA